UCACGGGGCCGGGCGAGGCUCACCUGACCGGAGGGACCCCGGCGGGGCCUGAGGCGGAGGCUGGCGGUCGGUAUUUGUGGUGGCCGAGGUCUGCUCUACACCCUGGCCAGACGCGGACCCACCCAAGCGCCUCUGGCCGUGGCAGGGGUUCGAGCCCCACUAGAGGAUGCUCGUCCCCAGACUUGGGGUCCCAGGGGUGUCACACAGCAGCCGAGGGAGAAACCUGCAGAGCUCGGCACACCCACCACCUCUGCCCCGAGGUGUGAGCCUGUAGCCAGACACCCUGGCUACGUCUACACAGCAAAACCCUCCACCAGGGACUCACACUUCAGCCUGCCACACACGCCGGGUUCCUGCACAGCAGCACAAACAAGAGCUGGCUAGAGACGUCCCAACUCAGACACUGAUAAUGCCCCGCCUGAGCCACAGUGGCCACCAGGCUAUUUUUAAUGCCAUGGGAUGAGCCCUGCAAGCCCAUCUCUGUAGACCCAGAUUCUGAGGCUCACUGCUGUGGGUUGGGUUUUUUUUGCUGUAUAGACAAACCCCUUGAAUAUUCCUCUGGUGAGUGCUGCUGCAGACAGGACGGUGGCUGGCUUUAAACUCGGUGGCCCUGUUGCAGUACUUUAGAUGGGAGGUGGUGUUUGGGGUUCAGCUGGAGCCAGUCGGGGUGGCAGUCAUCUGAAGCCCUCUCUCUGGCUUGUCUGAUCAGGACAUUGUUCAGGAUCAGGAUGACGAAGGUCCAGGGUCCCAGGACACGGUACAUAUCUCCACUACCAAGUGUGAUGAUGUCACCCUCCUGGUCUUUGCUCUUUUUGGGGAAAUGCUAGGAUUUCAUGAUCUGGGCCUAGAAGAUCUCAGAAUGGACUCUUACCUGAUCCAAAUGAACGGCAAUAGCGAUGUCCAUGUACAUAGAAAUGGGAACAGCCCCUCCCUGAGGAAGGUGAAAGGCCGGAAGCCUAGAUGGGCAGUCCGGGCCUCUGAGAUGUCCAAGAAGACUUUCAAUCCCAUCCGAGCCAUCGUGGACACUAUGAAAGUGGAACCGAACCCAAACAAGCCCAUGAUCUCCUUGUCCCUAGGUGACCCAACGGUGUUUGGAAACCUCCCCACUGAUGAUGAGGUCACCCAGGCUGUGAAGGAGGCCCUGGACUCAGGGAACUACAAUGGAUAUGCUCCUUCAGUCGGGUACCAGUCUUGCCGGCAGGUAGUUGCUGCGUAUUAUAGCUGCCCCGAAGCACCUCUGGAAGCUCAGGACGUUAUCCUGACGAGUGGCUGCAGCCAGGCUAUCGAACUUGCAUUAGCAGUGCUGGCUAAUCCAGGGCAGAACAUCCUGGUGCCAAGACCUGGCUUCUCUCUCUACAAGACCCUUGCACUCUCCAUGGGGAUUGAGGUCAAAUUCUACAACCUCUUGCCUGAGAAAGCCUGGGAAAUUGACUUGAAGCACUUGGAGUCGCUGGUGGAUGAGAAGACGGCCUGUCUCAUUGUGAACAACCCUUCUAACCCCUGCGGCUCCGUAUUCAGCAAGAGCCAUCUCCAGAAAAUCCUGGCUGUGGCCUCGAGACAAUGUGUCCCCAUCCUAGCUGAUGAAAUCUAUGGAGACAUGGUGUUUGCAGAGUGCAAGUAUGAGCCCAUAGCAACUCUCAGCACCAACGUGCCGAUCCUGUCCUGUGGAGGCCUGGCCAAGCGAUGGCUGGUCCCAGGCUGGAGGAUGGGAUGGAUCCUGGUUAAUGAUCGGAGAGACAUCUUUGGGAAUGAGAUCAGGGAUGGCCUUGUAAGCUUGAGUCAAAGAAUCCUGGGACCCUGCACAAUUGUCCAGGGGGCACUGGAACACAUCAUCCACCGAACACCCCCAGAGUUUUACCACAACACCCUCAGCUUCCUCAAGAUGCCCCUUUAUUUGCGGUGGGGGACCUGUCUUGGGUUCUGGCCAAGAAUUUGUCUCCAGUUUGCUGAGCUGCUUCCUGGAAUGUCCCGAGUCCUGAACUCUCUCAUCUCUGCCUUUCAGUCCAAUGCUGACCUUUGCUACGCUGCCCUGUCUGCCGUCUCUGGACUCCAGCCCGUCCGGCCCUCAGGGGCCAUGUACCUCAUGGUUGGAAUUGAAAUGGAGCAUUUCCCCAAGUUUGAGAAUGACGUGGAAUUCACCAAGCAGCUGAUCUCAGAGCAGUCAGUCUUCUGCCUGCCGGCCUCGUGCUUUGAGUACCCCAAUUUCUUCCGGGUGGUGCUAACGGUGCCCGAGGAGCUGAUGGUGGAGGCCUGCAGUCGCAUCCAGGAGUUCUGUGAGAGGCACUACCAAGGCAGUGAGGGGGCCCAGGACCUGGAAUGUGACAAGUAGCCAGGAGUGCCCUCCACUCUGCCUCGGCCCAGCCACUCCGUAAAUGAUGCAGCAGUGGGCAGGGCAGGGCUGCCCUCAGGUCAGCACCUACAUCCCAUUGCACCUAAUGCAACUGGAGCAAGCUACCACCCUGCAGAGCUUCUGCAUGUUCCCUGGGCUCAUGGGAACCAGCAGCCAUCAUUCUACCCUGCUCACAAACCCUCAGGCACCCAGUGUCCCACCACCCGCCAGGAGCCCAUGCUCUGGUCUGUGUCAGUGAACCGCAGCACCCUUCAUACAGGGUCUACAGCUUCCACUCAGACAGGCAGCCGUAGCAUGUGGGAGCUGUCACUUAGCUGCUCGGUUUGAGGGUCUCUGUUGUUGCAGGGCACUAGCUGGGAGACCCCAGGCUGAAUGCAAGACGACAACUUCUAAUUCCCUUCACUAGCAGUUACACUGGAUGCUGAGCUGGACUCUUCCACUGACAGAACCAUGCAUGGAAAGAGGGCUGUGUCGGAGCAGAGUGCUCAGCCUCUUUCUGGCUGGAGCCAGGCUGGACAGUCUGGAGUACAUGUGGCAUAAUGGACCCUUAUCUGUCUACACCACAGAAUGUCACUGACUGUACCUGAUGUCUCCCCUUUACGUUGUCUAAGGAGCAGGAGCUCUGUGUACUCAGCCCUUGGUGUUGCAAAGGGCAUAAAUUAUUGUAACUUUUUUAUUAAUAAAUGUUUGGAUGUG